CCGUCCAAUUCAUAAAGACAAAAGGCUCCUGCGGGACAUUUCCCCUCGGGCUUUCUUUUGGAAGUUAAGCACGCAAACGGUCACCAAGGUAGAUGAGGUCAAGAGCAGGGGGGAAGAGAGUAGCGGUCUCCCACUUCUGCUGCUGAGAAAUCAUCCGGUAAGGAUGACGAUUUCAUUACCAGCAACGGAGCCUAAAAGAUGGAGAAAUCAGCAGCAGAAGGGAACCAAGCUAUGCGUUCUUGAUGCUUCCUCUUACGUGGGUUUCCACCUCCUGAAAGCUCUUCUACGUAGAGGAUAUGCUGUUCAUGCAGCAAUUCAGACUGGUGGGGAGACGGAAAUCACAAAGAAGAUCGAUGAGAUGUCCAAGGUUGAAGAAAAAAUGGAGGUCUUUCCCAUAGAUCUUUUGGACUAUCAUAGCAUCCAUGAGGCCUUGAAAGGCUGCUCUGCUUUGUUCUACUGUGUGGACCAAGCCCAUGGUUCAUGCGGAUACCACGAGACGAUGGUCGACCUAGAGGUGAAAGGUGCAAUCAAUGCAUUGGAAGCUUGUGUACAGACGGAGAGCAUUAAGAAGGUGAUCUACACUUCUUCCAUAGCCGCAGGAAUAUGGAGGGAGAACAUAUCCAAACAAAUUGAUCUUGAUGAGAAAUCAUGGAGCGAUGCUGAGUUUUGCAGAAAGAAGAAGUUAUGGUACGCCUUGGCAAAAACACUGGCAGAGAAAGCUGCCUGGGCUUUGGCCGCUGACAGGAUGCUCAACAUGGUUUCUGUUAAUGCAGCUUUAAUCAUGGGACCAGGAGUUUCUCAACACAACUCUGCAGCGACAAUUUCAUACCUCAAAGGAGCACCUCAAAUGUAUGAAGAUGGACUUCUAGCCCUAGUGGACAUAGGCUUCCUCAUCAACGCGCACGUAUGUGCAUUUGAAAGCACAUAUGCUUGUGGAAGAUAUUUUUGCUUCAGUCAUCUUGUUACUGAUGAAGAAGAAGCCCUCAAUUUGAUCAAAGCCUUGAUGCCAUCUAUCACAUUGCCGAAGAGGGAUGAAGACAAAAGAGAAAUUGCCCGCCCACAUAGAUUAAGGAAUGAUAAGCUGAACAAACUGCUGGAAACCAAGUCCUCUUGAAAAUGAUUUCUGUAGACAUUGUGUGUGAUCAGACGUUGUACAUCAGCUGAUGUAGAUUUGUUCUUUCGUGCUCGAAUAAAUGUAGAAGUUUUAUUGCUGCAAGUGGCCUUGUCCUGUACAAUGAUAUUUUGAUCACACUCGCUGA